AUGAAAGGCAUUGUGGGCUCUACUCAAGGAAGUACAAAAUAUCGUGGCGGCAGAGGGCGCGGUAGUGCUCAGGUUGGUAAAUCGGGUAAUAGGGACAAGCGUUUUGACUCUCGUUUUACUGACCCUCGAUUUAAACUAUCAAGUAAGCUCCAAAAGAAGCAUAAACAGCGAAGUAGCCCUCGGGAAAAGCUUGAGGAUGCCGCUGGUCGUGAUCCGCGAUUCGCCAAAAAAUUUCAUCCAUCGAACGAGACACCCAGUGAGGACGAGGAGGAUAAUUUGACCGAGAGUGAGGGGGAGGAUAUUUCAACACAACCCAACCUCGUUGUCGACGAAGAUGAUUCCGAUGCGAGUGCUUCCGAUGAAAUGGAGGACAAAAUGGAGGACGUGUGCGAGUGGGCCCCUGAAGACGUGGAACUCACAGAAGCAACUCAGCGCCUCGCGGUGGUUAACUGUGAUUGGGAUCACGUCCGCUCGGUAGAUCUCUACGCUAUUCUUUUUGACGCCCUUCCAUUGGGUGGUCAACUGAAGGAGGUGUGCGUCUACAUGAGCGAGUUUGGUAAAAAAAUGAUUGAACAUGAGCGCGUGCAUGGACCAGACUUGUGGGUAAAGGAAGGUGAAGAGGAUACACCGGAAGACAAGGACUUAUCCCAUGAUGGAAUCGAGUCUGUGCGUAAGUUCGAUAGUUAUAUGGAGGAUGGUGACCAAGCAAGUAGUGAGAAUAGUGAUGGUGAUGAUGAGGAGGUAGAAACCGGCUGGGUUUACGACGACCCCAGCAUGCUUACGGAACGUGGUGAGGAUGGGGAAUACUUCUCGAGCGGAAAGUAUCGUCAGUAUGAGAUGAACCGCAUGAAGUACUACUACGCCAUAGCCACCUUCGACUCUUCCGAAACGGCGGCUGCGGUCUAUCGUGAGCUGGAUGGCACCGAUAUUGAAUCUAGCGGCGUCGUCCUGGACCUGCGCUACGUGGACAAUGAGGAGACUUUCGAGGACCUGGUGAGCCGCGCCGACGGCAUCCCACCAAACUUCAGGCCGUUAUCCUCCUUCAAAACGGCCGCGCUAAGCCAGGCGCGUUUCCGGAUUUCCUGGGAUCAAGACGACCUUUUUCGCCACCGUUCGGUACAGGAUGCCUUUACCGGGACCACCGCCGAGGACGACCUGGCGGCCUACCUUGCCCCACCCGACUCAGACGACGAUGAGAAAGACGCCCGCACGGGCCGCACGAAGGCGGAGGAAAAAUUGAGACUUCAGCACAAGUACGCGACAUUAUUGGCGGAAAUCGGCAAAGUACCCGGUCAACUUGACGAAGAUGACGCCAAAGAGGAAAACGAAACCCGGGAAACGUUGAACCCACCUAGUCUCGAUACCAACACGGAUGGCGAUACCACGGAUGACGAUUCCCUCAAUCGAUUUAGCGAUGUCAAUCUUGACGAUGACGCCGAGAGCGAGUCCAAUGAUGGCGAAAGUGAAAUCAUGGGUGACAUGGAAGCAAAGCUCGACCUUGAUGCCGAUAGCAAAGCAGUCGGUCUCCAGCGUGAGGCUCGAGUACGGAAAAUGAUGAAGGAAAGCAGCCUCGGUGCACAGGCGGAACUCAAAUAUAAACUACGGCGUAAGGAGAUGAAGAAGACCAAGAAGGAGGAAUUGUUGCAGGAACGCGAAAGGAAGGUAGAGGCAUCAUUGGCAAAGAAGAAGGAACAAACGGAGAAACUUAAGGCGUUGAUCGGGACCGACGACAACGGCGCGGUCCGCCUCAGCGGCAAAGAGCGUCGUAAGCGCCAUGUAAAGGAAGUAAAGGAAACCCUUGCAAAGGAGCGAGCCGAAAAGAAGCAGAGUCGAAUUGCGAGCCAGAUGGGUAUCACAUGGGAGGCCAGAGCCAGGCUCGAUACGCAGGAAGCAGACCAGGCCAAGAGCGCGAUUGAUUCCCGCUUUAAGUCAAAGCUGCUCUCGGACCCCCGAUAUCACCUGGAGAUAACGCAAAAGGACAAGCGCAUCUCAAAAGAUGUCGCACAACUCGCGGCGACGGUGGCAAAGGCGCGCCGCGUAAAGCGUGUCCCUGAAGACCGUGAAGACAAAACAGGCGGUGAAGAGGAUGCCAACCCCUUGGAUUCGGCUGUUGACUACUUUUUAGAACCACCUCGGCGCAAAAAGAAAAAGCAGUCGUCAAUAUAA